UACUUUGAAUUCAUUCAUCGUCCAAUACACUACUUCACUCUCUUUCUCUCUCUAUUUUUUCUUCAAAUCAACAUGGAUAUUCCUCUCUUGUCUCUCCCUCGCUCAGAACGAAUGAUUCACCAAAAUGGUUUUCGUUGUGCUAUUUUUGUUAUCAUGGGCAUUGUAGCUAUGCUAGGAUACACAUAUGACUGGAUGGGCUUCAAAUUAACUAGAACAACAAGUUUAAUAAAUGUGUUAAAUUUUGGAGCUAUCGGAGAUGGAAGUGCUGAUGAUUCCCAGGCAUUUUUGAAGGCAUGGAGUGCAACUUGUGGAUCAACAUCGAAUGGUCCUAGUAUGAUCAUACCUGGAAACAAGACGUUCUUGGUGAAGCAACCGGUCCAAUUUGAAGGUCCAUGCUUUUCCUCUUCCAUCAAUGUCCAGGUUUGGGGUGACAUUAAAGCACCAGACAUGAUGAAUUUUGGUGAUAUUAACUCUCAUACUUGGCUUGUUUUCUCAAAGGUUGAUGGGCUUAUUGUUAGUGGAACUGGAAAAAUUGAUGGUACUGGAAAAUCUUGGUGGGAUUCCUGUCCAAAGGAAACAGAUUGCAAGAAGAGGCCUGCUGCUUUGACGUUCAAUCGAUGUAACAACCUUCAGCUAAGUGGAUUGACGCAUGUCGAUAGCGCUGAUAACCACAUUUCGAUUACCAACUGCGAAGUUGCCACCAUCUCAAGCAUUCAUAUAACUGCACCUAAAACUAGCCCUAACACCGAUGGCAUUGACAUCAACAAUUCCACUCGUAUUCAGAUUCACGAUUCUUACAUUGGAACUGGUGAUGACUGCAUUGCUAUGACUGAUGGUUGCAAAUUUAUCAAUAUUACUGGCGUAAAUUGCGGUCCAGGUCAUGGAAUAAGCAUUGGAAGCUUGGGAAUCAAUGGAAGUAGAACUACAGUGGAAGAACUACAUGUGAACAACUGUACCUUCAAUGGAACUCAAAAUGGGGCAAGGAUCAAGACAUGGCAAGGCGGGUCCGGAUAUGCUAAGAUAAUUACUUUCGCUGAAAUUAUACUUAUUGAAACAGGCAACCCUAUAUUGAUCGACCAGUAUUACUGCCCACAUAACACUUGCAAAAAUCAAACAUCGACAUUAGGAAUCAGCAGUGUCUCAUUUACUGGAUUUCGUGGAACAACUAAUACAGUAGAUGCAAUCCAACUCAAAUGCAAUUCAAAGGUACCUUGUACCGACAUUGCAUUGAAUCAGAUCAACAUAAUGCCAGCGCCUGAUAUGAAGCCGGGAACAAUUAUUCAAUCCACUUGCAUUAAUGCUCACGGAACAUCUAACACAUCCAAUAACCCUAAAGUGACCUGUUUACUUCAGUAGCUUGACUAUGAUGUUAUGAACUGUUAAUAUUAUAGUAUAUAUUGUUAUCAUCAUGGAUAAGUAGCCAGAUUAUCCUCUAUCAGUUUAGUGGUUUUUUCAUAUUUAAAGUAAUAAAACAUCUAUUUAUA